GCAUAUAUUUUAUUUAGUAAAAAAGCUGCGCAACGACACCGACACAAUUGUCAGUAGACGUGUAAAGCCAGUUUUAUAUUAGUUGCAAGCUGAUCGCAGGUUGCGACAGCCAAUAUGAAGUGUUGAUUUCAAAAUGCAAGUUUCAAAUUGGUUGUCGCAACAAAUUUGCGAUCGACUUGCAACUAAUGUAGAACUGGCUUAAAACAGUUGCGGAAUUGCGUCCCUGGGCCCCUAUUCUUAAAAAGUAUCGCAAAAUUAGGGAAAUACUAUAGUAUGCGUUACAUAUAUUAUAGCAUUUCUUUAAUUUUUGUAUGUGAUACUUUUCAAGAAUAGGGGCCCAGUUAUUCGUGGUCUUCUCGAUCGCCAUCAUAAUUUUAAGUUUCCUUUCUUAUAUUCUAUUCUUUCCAUGCACUGAGGGAACUACAUAACCUCUCUUGACUUAUUCAGACUUAUUUGUCAAUGUAAAAGUGAGAGAAAGUAAAAAUCAUCUAUAAUUUUAUUAAAAAGAUUGGGAACAUUAUAUAAUCGACUAUGUUACAAUACUAGAAUAAUAUUCAGGCAUUGUAUAACUCAAAUCGAAGUUGACGACUUUCCUUAGUAGUCGUGGGAAUUACUUUAAAAAGAAGGAAGAAAUUUUGUCAUAAUUAUUGUUGUUUUCUAAUGUUGAAUUAAAACAUUGAGUUAAAGUGUAUAAGCAAACAAUAAAAUUAAUAUCAACAUACACAAUGUCCAUAUUUACGAGGCGAAUACUUUCAUCUAUAGUUUCAAGAGAAUGGCAAUUUUUGCGAUCUGUCAUCUGUGACACACAUCUUCGACAAUGUCAACUAUCGACUCAGUCUCAACCGAGCUUAGAAUCUGAUCUGUCCAAUGUUCCUGAAAGUUCAGAAGUCACAUUGGAUCCACUGACACACCCAGAUUUCUUCCAAGUGCACAAACUAUUUACCGUAAAGGAUCUAUAUGACGCGAGAGUGCAUUAUGGUCACAAAGAGACCUCCCUCAAUGAACAUAUGGAGACAUUCAUAUUCGGCUCUAGACUGGGGCAUUUAAUAAUCGAUUUAGAUCAAACCGCUGAGUUGUUGAGACAAGCGUUGAACUUCACCGCUCAUAUCGCCUUUCGAGGCGGCAUAAUUCUGUUUAUUUCGCGCAAUCCCCAGGUCAUGCAUUUAGUGGACAAAACGGCCAAGGAAUGUAAGGAGUUUUCACAGACGAGAUUUUGGCGACAAGGGCUGUUCCCGAAUUCGAGGAAUCAGUUCAAGGCGACGACACGGUUGCCGGACCUGUGUAUCUUUCUCAGUACUCUGGACACAGUUAUGGCUGAGCACGUAGCAGUGAGACACACAGCUAAGAUGUGCAUACCCAGUGUUGGCAUAGUCGACACGAACUGCAAUCCAAAUCUUAUAACGUAUCCAGUGCCUGGAAACGACGAUUCUCUGUGCGCUAUUCAACUUUAUUGCUCGUUAUUCAAAGAAGCUAUCAUGAGAGGGAAACGGGCGAGAGAACAGAUGAUACAAAAUGCAGAAUCGACAUAAAUCUGAUAAAUGGUAAAACAAAUGUAUGUAGAUGUACAUGUAAAAAAAUAUAACAAAGUUGUCAAAGUA